AUGGCUGCCCCCGAGCACAAUCGCAUGCUCUGGUACGAGCAACCGGCAGAGGUAUGGACCGAGGCUCUUCCCAUCGGCAAUGGCAGGCUCGGGACCAUGAUAAAAGGCGGCCUCGACGUGGACAGACUGUGGAUGAAUGAAGAUUCUGUCUGGUACGGCGGCCCGCAGAACCGGGUCAACCCUCUAGCAAAGGCCAGCCUCCCCGAAGUCCGGAGACUGCUCGACCUCAACCACGUCCAGGAAGCGCAAGAGUUGCUCAAGCGCACCUUUACCGGAUUGCCUGCGAGUCUCCGACAUUACGCUCCGUUGGGUGACGUCUUUAUGACCUUUGGGCACGGGAGUGCCAGCGACAACAAAGAUUUUAGCGGAAUCUCGGACCAGACCAGGCGAGCCGUCAGGCCAGUGGCGGAGAAAUAUACGCGUAGCCUGGAUCUGACGACCGGCAUUGCGAGCGUGAGUUACACCUUUGAUGGGGCUGAAUAUCUACGCGAAUACUUUGCCAGUACAGCGGACGAAGUUGUGGCUGUGCGCAUCUCCUCGAACCGCCCAGGAUCUCUUCGAUUCCAACUCAGAAUCAAUCGUGGCAGCAACGAGAAUCCGAUGCUGGAGCAUAACUGUCUCUACGACAGCCUGAAGAAUAUCUCUGAUGGUCUCAUUUUGGAAGCAAAUCUGGGAGGCCCAACUGCUGUGUGGGCAGCGAUGGGCGUCAAAGUUGUCAUUGAGGGGGAAAUGGGCCAGUGCCUUCCCGGCGAGGAGCUGCAUAUCUCAGGAGACUCGGUCGUUGUGCUCAUUGCGGGCGAAACGACAUUCAGAAACAUAGACGCCGGUCAAGCCGUGGUGGAUCGACUUGAGAAGGCGGCAAAGUAUCCGUGGCAAGAGCUGCGCGAGAGGCAUGUGCAGCGCUACUCAUCACUCUACUCGAGGACGUCGCUUAGCAUCGGAGAGGACAAUCCCCCGCUAAGAGCGAUCCCCACAGACAAGAGACUCGCUCGUGUGAAGCAGGGCGAAGUGGACAACGACUUGGUGGCACUGAUGUUCUCGUUUGGCCGGUUUCUGCUCGUUGCGUCUUCGCUCUCCGGCCUCCCUGCAACGCUGCAAGGAAUAUGGAACCACAGCCAUCAGCCGAUCUGGGGUUCCAAGUACACCAUCAACAUCAACAUUGAAAUGAACUACUGGCUGGCCGAAGUCGCUAAUCUGUCAGAAUGUCACUUGGUGCUCUUUGGCCACAUCCAGCGCAUGGCCGAACGAGGCAAGCAGGUGGCCCAGGACAUGUAUGGCUGCAGAGGUUUCGUUGCGCACCACAACACCGACAUCUGGGGUGACUGUGCCCCUCAAGACCGGUACGUCCCGGCCACGUACUGGGUGUUGGGCGGAGCGUGGUUGUGCACCCAUCUUUGGGAACACUACCUCUUCACGCACGACCAGGAGUUUCUGAAGUGGGCAUACCCCUUGCUCCAGGAGGCGGCCUUGUUCUUUGAAGAUUUCCUCAUCGAGAGGAACGGUGUCCUGGUUGUCUCACCAUCGGUCUCGGCCGAGAACUCGUACAUCAUCCCGGGCACCAGGGAGACUGGUGCCGUCUGUUCCCCAGAAAUGUACCUCAAGGUCCUGUCCCGGCUCCCUCAGCCGAAGAUUGGCAAGCAUGGCGAACUGCUCGAAUGGAUGGAAGACGUGGAGGAGGUUGAACCGGGCCACCGACACAUCUCGCAUGCUUUUGGUCUCUACCCAGGCCGCAGCCUCCUGUCGGAGGAGCAUAAGUCAGCUCUUCGAGUCACCCUGCAGCGACGCCUGGUAAGCGGAGGUGGGCACACUGGAUGGAGCGCCGCGUGGAUACUGGCACUCUAUACUCGUCUCCGAGAUCCGGCACAGGCACAAUCCAUCAUCCAGAAAUUUCUGCAACACUCGACCCUCCCCAACCUCUUUGGCGACCACCCGCCAUUCCAGAUCGACGGCAACUUCGGCAUCGCGGCGGGUAUUGCCGAGAUGUUGAUCCAGAGCCACGAAGACGGCUAUGUUGAUCUCCUCCCUUGCUUACCGCGCGAGUGGGAGGACGUUGGAUGGGUCAAAGGGGUUUGUGCCCGCGGCGGCAUCGUGGUGGAUAUGGAAUGGAAGAAGGGGCAGCUUGUCUCGGCACGUUUCACCGGCAGGCGCAAGAUACAGUUUGUCGCGCGCAUUGACUCGAAGAGAUUGGAGAAUGGGUCUGGUCAGACUACUCUUCAGCUGGAUGAAGGCGAGAGCAAGAUUCUCACGGGCUUUUGGCCCAGUUAG